AUGCAUCUGUCUAGCACUUUGCUAGCAGUUUCUGCGUUUGCUCUACUUGCCAGUGCCAACACACUGACAAUCGAUUCCGGGAAAUCAGUGAUCUCGACAAUCCAGCAGCCCGACUCGAACAAAUUCAUCCAUACUUCGAAAGCCAACGAGAGUAAAAGGUCCCUGCGACUCCGCGAAACGGAUCACAUCCGCGACGACGCACCUGAUGAAGAAGAAAGAACUGGUUUAGACAGGGCCAAAAUGCUGUCGGAUAAAACUUACCGAAAGCAGGUCUUCGCUCAAUGGCUCAACAAUAACUAUUCGUCCAUGACGGUUUUCGACAUUCUGGAUGUGAGCAACUUUGAACAGUACCGACGCCUCUACAACAAGUAUGCGAAACUUCACAAGAGCAGCGGAAACUAUCCAUAG